GAACAGUGGUAUAAAAUGCUGUUGCUUUGCGAGCGUCAGUUUAGUAAACUUGAUGAUUUUGUUGUGUAUUAAUCGCUAUGAAUUUCUUUGCAGAGAAAUAUCUUGUGGAACUCUUUAAUCUAACAGAAUUUUUCUUUUCUGACAAAGAAAAACAAUUUCAAAAUAUGUACAAUAUAUACAAUGUUUUAUUACUUUAAGAGUGUAAAUUAACUAUUGAUCUUUAAUAUAAAUAAUAUAAUGUAAAAUAUAGUUCAAUCCGAGAAACGUAAUAAUGCUACUAAUGAGUGCUUCAUUUUUAAAUAUGCCUUUAACUCCUAUUACCGAAAAAGAAAUGGAAGUACAACGGAAAGUACAAAAUUUGUUACAAAAUAUUUAUGAAAAUGAAUUAGAAGUAGAAGAAGAAGAGUCAUUAGAUUUUGAAAAUUCAUUUGACAUUUCGGAAACAAACUUAAUAACAAACGAAGAAUGGAAUGAAGCAGAACAACCUACGUACGAUGUAAAGGAAAUGACAUGUGAAAAUGACAUGAUUCCAAUAGAAUACAAAAGAAGAGUUGUUGAGUUUUGGAGACCUGGUGGUUCAGUUAGGCCAAAAUCGUUUGAGAGUGUAAAACAUAAAUUUCGAAAACUUACCUCACCGCGCAAAUUACGACGAUGGCAGGAAGAAAUAAACAGAGGUAGUACUAGAUUGGAGAAGCUGAAAGAAAUUUCAUCGUAUACGUUAAAUAAAUUCGAGGAAGCAGUACAGAACGGCAUCAUUCAUGACAUUGAUAUUGCUCGAUGGGCGCUAAAAGCACAACAGAAGAUUAACUGUCCAGGAUUUACAGCAUCACAUUAUUGGGUAAAUCAAUUUAAGAUAGCACAUCAUAUUGUAUCUCGAAAAGUUACAAAAUUUAGAACAAAGAAAACUCUACAAUCAAAAGAUAAUCUAGAGGCAGAAGGUAAUAGAUUUAUCGAAAACGUUAAAUAUUAUAUUACGUAGAGCGUUACGGAUUCGAAAAUAUUUAAAAUUCGGACCAAAGCGGAUUCCAAUUAAAAUUGCAUGCCGGUCGUUUAAAAAAAACCAACCAUUUGGUCCUAGAGUACACGAAACAAUGUUUAGAGAGAACAAUAUUUUUGUUUUGGCUUCUAAAUCUGGCAAGUUAACAUCUCAUCAUUUUGAGAUAUGGUUAAGAGAAGUUUAUUUUCUCAAUGUUGGUCCAAAGUCGGUUUUAUUAUUAAAUUCGUAGACUGGCCAUUGUCCCGAUGUAAUUGCAAGAAAUAGGCCAGAAAAUGCUGAGGAAAUUGUUUUUCUAACAAUACCAGCGGGAACAAUAGGUCAGAAACAACCAUUAGACGUAUAUAAUUUCCGCUUAUGAAAGAACUUUGUAAAACAUUUCUCGGAUGUUGUCGUACUUCUGGAUUUAGAAGUUAAACUACAUUCACGAGAUUUUAUUUUAAAACUGCAAUCACUAAUACAUUUCCAAUUUUCAUUACCAAAGUUUAGGAAUUUGUUUAAAUACGCAUAGUAUAAAUAUAAGUGGAUGUAUAAAUAUAAGGCCAGAUGAAUUUGAGACACCAGUAGACUUUUGUUUCAAAACACAUUCAAAACCAACAUGUGAUAUUUGCGGCGGGAUUACUGUAAUAACUUGCGCGUGGUGUAGAAAGAGUCUGUGUUUGAAACAUUUUUUUCAUGAUCAUCAUCUUUAUUAUAAUUAUGAACCCUGAAUUGUAUAGACAUGUAAUUUUAUUACAUUAAUGUAUUAUUACAAAAUUUAUCUUAUAACUAAUAAACUAUAUCUUAUAAUUAAUAAAGAGAUUUAAUAUAACGUUCA